CUGCCAGCAACCUUCACGAAAAUCCAAAACGCGACUCCCUCCACCCACUUGCCCAAGAAAUGCGUUUCCUGCAUCUGUGGCUGCUGGCACUCUCUGCCGUGCUGGCCUCACGCUGGUCGAACCAAGACUAUGAGAUCUUUGAUGUUGCACGCGCUUUGGAGAUCUCAGAGGGUGCGAAUGCCACUUUUUACUCCUUCCUGGAAAUCAAACCCAAGGCUAGCCUUGAAGAGAUUGGCAAGGCCUAUAAGAAGCGAUCUAGGCAGUUGCAUCCGGAUAAGAACAUUGGUGUCAAGAAUGCACAGAAGCGAUUUGAGCGGCUUGGAUUGAUUACCAAGAUGUUGAGAACGCCAGAGGUGCGUGAGCGAUAUGACCAUUUCUACUACAAUGGUUUUCCUAAAUGGAAAGGAACUGGUUACUUCUACUCUCGCUACAGGCCAGGCGUUGGCACUGUCCUCGUCUUGUUGUUCUUUAUUGUGUCUGGUUUCCACUAUCUCGGUAUGGUGAUUGCAGCUGCUAGCCACCGUAGUCGCAUCCAGGGUCACAUCAAGGACGCUCAUGAGGCAGCCGGCUAUCCAAACCUCAACAAACGAAAACGCGUCACCACUGAAACAGGUAGAGUCUUCCAGGUGGAUCCCAAUGGUGAUGUCUUUUUCGUUCAGGGUGGUGAGGAGGCCAAGAUGAGUCCUGAAGCUGUGCCUGCUGCUUCAUUGCAACGUAGUUUAUUGGUUCAGGUACCGCUUGCGUUGUUCAACAAGACUGUUGGACGAAUUUUGGGUGGUGGUGUGCAGGAGGAUAACUUGGAUGACGAGGGUGAUGCUCUGACGAGUGUGAAGAAGGGCAAGAAGAAGAACUAGCAUCAUCUAUAGUUCUAUAGUCCAAAAUCGAUCGGGUGUGCUGGAGCCAUCUCUGCUGCAG